AUGGAUGCGGGGCAAGGUGCAAGUCGGGGGCCUUCCGAUAUUGCAACCCUUACAGCAGCAGCCGUUGCGGCAGUUGAAGCUUCGGCAGCCGCCGGACCUUUGCCAGCACCGGCUGAGGCGCGAGAAUCACCACUACUUUCGUUGAGUGGAGGUGCUUAUUCAUCGCGGGAAGUCAAGGGGGCUGCCAGCAAUGGUACUCCAACCGUCGUAGCUGCCUCUGUAUUCAGUGCCGCCGCCGCAGCUGCUGGCAUCUCCCACACGACGCUGCCGAUCGCAGCAACCACAAAGCCAGUGGCAGCCCCCAAGAGAAAGCGACUGAUGAGGCUGGAAAGCGGGGAGUUGGUCGUGAUCCCCACCAAUAUCUACAGGCAGGCCGGCGGUGUGAAGCUGGAUAUCACGUUGGGAGGGUUUCGCAUAGACAACGAGAAGUGCACUCUCAAGAACAGGGCUUACAACUUCGGUGUACUGCCGGGAUUCACGAGAGAGAACCUCUUGGCCCUGAGGGCAUUCCGGGACACGCUGCUUCCGACAGACCGAUCGAAGAUGCCCUCUUCGAUUCACACAAUCAUCGCAGCGGAAGCCAUGAUCCGCUACGACGAGGAACAUGUGAAACCGCCAGAGGGCUCAUCAUUUGCUGAGGAAUCCAGCCACUAUGGAGCGGGGAGAUGGAUACCGGACUCUCGUGUUAUCCACAUGACCUACACGGGUAGCGACAUGGAGUUAAGGGUGAAAGCGGGCGACCUCCGAGCCGUCAAUCGGCCUCUUCAGUGCAAGAUGGCGCUGGAAGCGCUGAAGUCGGACCCCAAAGUACUUGAGGGGAAGCUGGAGCCGGCGCCUCCAUCCGUAGACGUGUACGGCUCCGGCGGGGCGGAAACUGUAGGGCCGGAACCGGGGGCGACAGGAUUUUCACGCUCACCUGAAUCGCUGCAGCCGGCAUCGUCAGAUCCUCGUUCUGGCGGCAGACGUGUCGCGGGAGGAGGAGAAGGAGGAGGAAGCAGAGCUCCUGCCGGGGGUGCCAAUGCUGAGUUCUCGUUGUUGUUUGGUGGCGCUGCUGCCUUCGCGAACGACGGAUUCGUCGAUGACCAUGACAACGGCCGGCCGAGGACGAAGGACCUUGAUUCCACGUCGAUGCACCGAAGAAAGAAGAAGAAGAAGAAGGCGGUGGUGAUUCCUGCGGCAACGGAAGAGGGGGGAGAAGGUGGCGAGGGCGCCGUCGAAUACGACCUGCCGCUCCACGUGCAAAUCGUGGAGGGGAAGCAGUGCCGGCCCUCCCUACGACUCAAGGUCCCCCUGACGGGGUUUAUGGUGGAUGGGGAGAUUGUGCCUUCGUCGGAGCUGGUCGUGGCACACGGGUUGGACAUCACAAGAAAAAAUCUCUUGGCUCUGAGGGCGUGCUGUGACGCCGUGCUGGCCAACUUCGCCGCCCCAGACCUCGUCAAACGCGUCAUUGCAGGAGAGGUUUUCCGGGUAUGGACAAGAAGGAGGGGCGAAGACAUGCGCGCUAGGCGAAGCGCUGAUGCGAUUCUCGGCACAGCUCAAAGCCCUGGCGUUUCUGAAUUGGACGAGUCGCCUCCUGCCCCAGCCAUGCCUACUGACGUGGUACCACUGACGGUUGUGGAUAGUGGUAGCCCCGUUCUACUCGAAGGAGGCGGGUCUCAAACUCAAACGGAAGCGAUGCAACAGCAGCAACAGCAGCAGCAGCAGCAGCAGCAGCAGCAAGUGAAGCAGCAGCAGCAGCAGCAGCAGCAGCAGCAGCAGCAGCAGCAGGAAAACGAACCAAGCGGGGAAGGGGCAGUGGCGGCGGCAGCGGCGGAAAUGGCGGAGCUGGCAGAACUGGCCGAGUUGGCCGAAGCAGCUACCGGAGGUACGAUGCUCUCGUCACCGCCGGCGGAAGUAGAUUUGGAUACUGCCAGUGAAGGUGGCGACGGUGGCGCUCCUGCAAUCAGCCACCUCGUAGUGACGCCUGCGAUCACGAGAGGUACGGCCCCAACGGUAGCAACCGCACCACCAGUGGGCGGGCUUGGAGUCCGGUCGGCCGCCCUCGGCAACGACGACGUCUUCACCCUUUCCAGCCCGACCAGCUUUCCAGGAGGGCCACGAAUAGAGCUUAGGAUGACCGCAAGCGAGCUGAGGAGGGCUCGCCAGACGAAGGCGGCCGCACUGAAGACAUUACUUGCAACGAUGCUUCAGGAUGCCAAGGUGCAAGCAGGCGAGCUAGACGUCGUCCACGGGAUGAGCAGCCCCGCAAUCACCAGGAGCAACUUGAGCGGAGCGGCAGCAGCGGCCGCGGCGGCAGAAGCGGCCGCGGUGGUAACGCGCGCAAACUUGCAUACGACGGCACUCCUUGUGAGUGGCAAGGAGGAGCGAGAAAAGGCCAGCAGGAGCAACUCGAACAGCGCCGUUCGGAACGUCGGUUAUAGUGGCAGGGACAUCGGGACGAAGGUGGCGGAAAGGUGGGGGGCAACGCUGCUGCUGCACCGCGUCAAGAGGGCAAAAGCGGUAGACUAUUCGCCAUUGGGACCUUGCGAGGUUGCUGCCGCCCCUGGAGAUAUCUCCGUGAUGCCGAUAACAAAGGCGAGCAGCCAGCGCCGCCAGCUGUGGGCCCUCGCCAUCCGCGAGAACGAACUGCGGCACGAGAGGAUGAAGGAGGACGGCAGGAGUGAGUACGACGUGAGGCAAAAGGAGCUGGUCAGCUGGAUGGUGGACGAAGAGGCCGGCCGGCACGAUCACUUGGAUGGAACCGCGGGCCCUCCGCCGCCAGUGUGGCUUGACACGGACAGAUAAACCGCUGACGGUGGCGGCCGGUCGCCCUGUGUGGCUUGACUUGCGUGGUUCGCAGGCUAACAACCGAACCACCGUUUUGCGCCGUGUGUGCAUUUUGUAGGGUUAUGUCGGGCAUGUGUCGUCGCUGCUGCAGCGCCACGAUCCGAAGUCAAUAUUGUUGAGGCUCCCGAGGCACCUAAAAGGGUUGCGCGUGGAGUUUUGGGUGCGCCCCCUGUUGAUAGAGCAAAUUAUAGUGUUAUCUGUGCCCUUUCACCGACCGGACAUAAAUAUUGUAGUCUGUCUACCUGUGUUGUACCAGUACCAUUCUUGCAGAUCACAUGUGUAUUGAUUAGUAUAGCACUUUACCAUGACUAGGCUCCGAUAUGUAAAAACGGGAGUGUGCAAGAAGCCGGGUUAGAUCAGUGUGUGCUGUGUCUCUUUCUGCUUUUCGUCGGCCCACUGGAGUGUUCGACGAUUCUGAGGGUUUCAGGCAGGUUAGUACAGAUUUCUCGCCGUAGUUUUUUGUGUAUAUUCAAGGAUUGGGCUAACUGCAGAUCGCUAGUUGUCCCAUGCCACCCCUACAUGUAGCAACCAAUAUCACAUCCACAGGGGCGGCAUGAACUAGCACGAGCAGUACAUUUGUUGGCGAGGGAAAGAUGCCGUUUCCAGGAUGUGCACGCUGAAACGUUGGUGCUUUUAGUACAGGGGC